ACUUCCCGAAUUGAUGAAGGAGGCGACGGCAUUCAGGCAAAAUAUUCCGACCCCACCGCAAAUGGGACCGGUCCUGGGGCGAAGUUCCUACAUAGACGACAUAGCUCAUGGGGCGCCUACCUGGAAAAACUUUGUGAAGACCUGAAUGCCCUGCUAUUCCGACUCCGAUACUGGAAUAUCUCGGUCAGCCUUCCGAAAAGCGAGUUCGGCAAACAAGCUAUACCGUACCUGUCUCACGAAGUCUGUGCCGAAGGUAUCAGGGCUACCCCGAAGAUUGCCAAGAGUGUUCACCUACCUUUUCCAUCGACUCGGAAGGGCGUUCAGUCGUUCUUGGGAAGCUUGAAUUACUACAACAAGUUUAUCGAGGAUUUACCUGUUGUCGCGGCUGUGCUUUACGAGCUGUAUGAGGAUCGCAUUCGUGCCGGACAUGAUGUGGAUAAGGCCAAGGAAGCGUUCGAGAUUCUGAAACGUAAGAUUACAUCAACGCAGCUGCUGCGCCAUCCAGAGUGUACCAAGCCGUUUGUCAUCAUCCCACAUGCAAACCUCUGGGCGGCUUGUGCGGUCCUCGGACAGGAACAUGAGGGGAUCAUUCAACCAGUGCGCUUUACAUGGCGGGUUCUGAUCGAGUCUGAACUCAGAUACCACAUCGCGGAGAAGGAGGUGUUGGCGAUUCUGCGAGUCUUAGAGCAAUUCCGUCCGCUCAUCUACGGUUCAGAGACACCGAUCAUAAUCUAUACCCGGUACUCGGUCCUGAAGUGUGGGCUCUGGAACUGCGCCCGCGAUGAAGAUGGGUUAGCUGCUAUCCUCGGUAUUACCCCCAGGGAGCACUUGGACGAAGUCGCUGAAAGCCUGAUCCCGGCUAAGGGGCGAAUCAAGGCGCCUCCGCCAAUUAGUGUGGAGAUGCUGGAUUCAGACUUCGAAGGAUACGUUCUGAGCUUCGAUGUCGGCGAUUCCAGAAUCAUAAUCCAACAAGCGCAAGGGCUGAUAGGUUGCCACCAGCCUAGUCUGCAACGUCGACUUGCGGAGUAUGAAGCCUUGAGAGUGAAAUUUGGCUCCGUACGGUUGGUCCACGUCAAACGUGAUUACAACCAGGCAGCAGACUACCUGACGACGAAGACAUUGGCACUCGGGAAAGCAUGGGUAGUGGAAGAUGCGGAUGAACUAAUGCAUCUGAAAUUUGUCUCCAGGAUCCCGGAGAAGAUUACGAAGACUCCGGAGACCUCGGAGCAAAAAGACGACGCAAGUCAGAGUCUGAGGAGCGAUCGUCCAAGUGACCUCGUUUCAGUGCGCCUGAGACAGUGA